UGUCCUGUACGACAAAUGGACGCCUAUUACUGAACAAAUAAUUUUCUUUUUACGGCGGGUUACCCAUUCAGCAAACAUUCAACAUAUUUUGAGGAUUUGUCUAAUUACACCGUUGGAAGCAGGCCGAUCAUUUAUGGAAAAUCAUUAUUGGGUCCAUCUGUGCGGUGCGCUCAGCGAAACAGAAAUUAGCGGUCAAGAAGUCACCUUUGAUACGAAUCUUUCCUACACCGAAAUCACUGUCAACGGCUUAAGCUAGAUAGCCAUAGAAAAAUAUUGAACAGCUCGAAAUUAAACCAAAAGGAAUAUGGAGGCGGUUCUGAUUUCGGGCGCCCAAGGAUUGAAUAGUGAAGGACUCGAAGGAGUGGAUAGUGGCCGGCGAUAUCGCCAUCACUCAGUCGACGGGCGCCCAAAUCCGCCUUCAACAUCGCGAGGACGAUUUUCUCCAGAAGGACGUCCAUCUCCGCGCGGGCGAUUCAACAGCGACCUCGGAACAGGCGCCUUCGAACAGGCCGCGAAAUAUUUACGUCCGGAUAAAAUAUCGGUUUAUCCCCUUUUCGGAAGAUCGACGAAAAGAGGAGGAGUUAGAGUGAAAAUUAACGUGAGUGGAAUGAUUUUUGAAACCCUCGAGUCAACGUUGUCGCGCUUUCCAGAUUCGCUACUAGGGUCGCCGACGAAGCGCGAAAAAUAUUACGACUCAAAGAAGAGGGAAUUUUUUUUCGAUAGAAAUCGAGUCGCGUUUGAUGCUAUUUUGUAUUUUUAUCAAUCACGCGGAAAACUUUUGAGGCCCGUCGAGAUCGACCGCAAAACUUUUUGCGACGAAAUUCAAUUUUUCGAAUUGGGAGAAGACGUUAUCGAACGUUUCAAAGAAAUGGAAAUGAACGUGGUAGACCAAGACAUUGGUCCUUUACCGGAAAAUCCGAUUCAAAGGAAGAUAUGGCAAGUAAUGGAGCUACCACAUUCAUCUCUUCCAGCCCAGAUUGUCGCCAUUUGGUCGGUAGUUGUGAUUUUAGUGUCAAUAGUGAUAUUUUGCAUCGAAACACUGCCGCAAUUCAGGGAAGGUCGUAACGAUAAGUACUCAGCGCUGUAUGGCUUGGAAAUUUUCUGCGUUGCUUGGUUUACGUUUGAGUAUGUUGUUCGCUUGCUCGCGGCGCCUCAAAAACUGCGUUUUUUACGCUCGUUUCUGAAUAUUAUAGACCUAGUUGCUAUUUUGCCAUAUUACAUUAUACUCGGUUUAUCUUUAACCGGUAGCAAUGAAUCCGGUAAUACUUCGUACGUGGCCUUUUUUCGCAUACUUCGGCUUGUGCGAGUUUUCAGAAUCUUCAAGUUAUCCAGACAUUACCGCGGCUUAAAGAUCCUUGGCAUGACGCUGAAGGCAAGUCUUCGAGAACUCCUUUUGUUAUCAUUCUUCCUACUUAUGGGUGUUAUAAUAUUCUCCAGUGGAGUAUACUACGCGGAGAGCGCUAAUUUUGGAAGCAUCCCCGAAGCAUUUUGGUGGUCUGUGGUUACUAUGACAACGGUCGGAUAUGGAGAUAAAACACCAACUACCCCAUGGGGCAAGGUGAUUGGCUCAAUGUGCGCAGUCGCAGGAGUACUCACACUAGCUCUGCCUGUUCCAGUAAUUGUAUCAAACUUCAGUUAUUUCUACAAUCUGGAUAAAGAAAAGAGAGCGGAGACUAGCGACUAUGAAUCAGUUCCCAACACUUCUCAAGAGCGAAUGUCUGAAUCGCCAUAGGGUAGGAUUAAUCGCCCAGUGUUGUUUCUGCGGAUUCAUCUGAAUUUAUUCCCGUCAAAAUUGACAGAACAGCGUUGUAAACAUGCGUAAUAAAUGAAGGAUUGAAAUGAAGAAACUUGACAAUUGAAUAUUUGUUACCUCGAAGAAUCAUCCGCUGAUCUAUCAUCUGACGAUUUUUUGAAAGACUCACGGCCUUGUAAACACGGUCGCGUUUUACAUUGGUGAAGCGUUUGCCAAGGUGAAAGCUGUCCUUUUAAUUUGAGACUCCAAAUAGUCUUUGUGGUUUUUUGAUAACUAAUUUUAAUUAUAUUGCGGCAAAAUAACUCCACUUUUCACAAAUAUAACCGGAAAAGUAACUUGAUGGGAGUAUAUCCCCGAUGGUUCUCCCCUUUCCAGUAUUUUAUCUGAUAUCGAGACUUUUUUUUUCGUCCAGAGCUGGCAAACAAAUUGCGGAUAAUCGGUUUAUAGCGCGGGGAUAUUCCUUGAUACAAAUCAAUUUUGAAAUGUUUUUCCAUGAUUUUCCGAGAGAUAGCGAACCGCUGUUCAUUAAGCAAAGGCAAUCACUAAACCGCAUUUUUUCAUUAAUUCAAACCAUAAAUGAAUUUCUCAUGUCGCAGAAGACUUUGAAGUACUAUUAGCGAAAAAAAAAAAAAUCGAAACAGCAAAGCAAGACAAUAUCUAUUAGUCCAAUUUCAAAUUUCUGGAAAACUGAUAUGUGUGACAUUUAUAGAUAGAUGUAGACAGAAAAUUAUCUAUAGCGUUUUAAUUUCUCUGACUUGAAAGAAUUGGAAAAAUCUACAAAUCGAAAGACAUCGAAUCGUUCGAUUUGAAGGAAGUGAGGUAAAGAAUGCGGUUUCUAGUCUGCUUUGGUGAGCAGGUGUCGAUUUAGUUCUAUAGAUUGUAUCACAUUGGAUGGAUGAUCAGUCCAUUUUUUUAGAAUUGUCAAUAUAUACGAUAUUUUUUUCGUUUGAGUAAAACUCGUUUGUUUACCUAUCAGUAAAUAUUCAUACACAGGACAAGCUCGAAGUUUUUCAAGUUGAUCGAACGUUUUCUAAAAUGAAUAACUUAAAGAGUCAUUCGCCGAACUCUUAAGAUUUUUCAAUUAUAAAAACUGAAUAAUUUUCCAAUUAUUUCACUUUAUGCUUAUUUUCCAACUCAAGCCAAACUGUCCUAAUUUAUGAUACAAGCGAAUGAAUAAGUGACCUUUUUCUUUCGUGUGAAACUGACUAGCUCAGCUGAAGCUAAGUCAGUUACUUCUUCAUAUCGUGCAAUGCAGUAUUUUACACCACAUAUAAGUCAAUCGCACAAGUUUCGUUUAUUUUCAAACCAGUUCUGGAGCGUAACCAGGAUUUUUCAAAGGGGGGGGUC